UGACCUUGACAUUGAUGCUGGAGUUCAGGGGUAUUUUGAAGGGGAUGCGCCAGAACCAGUGAAGCUAGUGAAGAGAAGAAGAUUAUUAAGUGAAGAAAUUUCAGAAAUCAAAUCGCAGGCUAAUAUUUUGACCACUGAACAUGACCAGAAAGAAGUUCUUCGGGUAUUUGUAACUGACUUUGCUGGACAGUCAAUAUAUUACGAUACCCAUGUCUGCUUUGUGAAACCGCAUUGCCCUUAUGUUUUGGUUCACGACCUUUCUCUGGAGUUUGAUAAACCCGCCGUUCCCAGGUUUAAAGCAAGUGAUAAAGAGGAAGAAAUAGAGAUGAACAAUCCUCAUCUUAAUACCAAUUUAGAUAAUUUUACAUCAUGGUUGAAGUUUCUGCAAGGUUUAGGAGAAUGCCAAGAUCAACAGUUUCCUGAUAAAUAUGGUCACCAUACCACUGCAGAAGGUGAGAACUUUAAAGUGCCACCAGUUUUAAUAGCCUUAACUCACAGUGAUGAGGUGAAAGGCAACGACAGGAAAAUACAUAGCUUACGAAAUAGAAUCAAGAAGGUGUUGUCUGAAGGAAAAUACGAGAUUGUCGUCCCAGGGUUUUUCCUGAUUGACAAUACAUUGGAAGGCGACGAUGGAGACGACGUGCGAAAACUUCGCAGAAAGCUUUUUGACCUCUCGAAUGCAGUCCUUGACCAGGAGAUUUUAAUGCCUGUGAAGUGGCUAGAUUUUGAAGUUGCUCUAAGCCAGAAGCUAUCACCAGAUUGCAAGUAUAUCCCAAUUGACGAAGCUAAGCGGGAAGCGGAGGCCUGUGACGUGGAGUUUGAUCAUGCUAUCAAAUUUCUACACCGCCAAGGUGUGGUCGUACACCACAGUGGAUCCAGCAAGGUUGUAUUGGAUCCUCACUGGCUAAUGAAUCGCUUUACGAAAGUGAUCUCCAUGCCUGUCAAAUUGGAUGCAUUGUCCAGGCACGCUCUUGAUGUGUUCAAGCAGAAAGGCAUUUUGUUUCGAGAAUAUCUUCAGACGCUGGAAGACGCAGAACUUUUAGAAGAGCUUAUGCAAAUGUUUAAUUUGAUUUGUUCUUGCCAGCACGAGGGAAAGGCAGCUUUUUAUGUCCCUUCAGUUGCCCCAGCUAUGUUACCAGGAAAGGAGUUGCAAGCUAGCAAUGUUCCAUCGCUGUUUGUGACAUUUCCUCACAAACUUGUACCGAUAGGCCUGUUUACGAAGCUUCAAGUGAGGUUAAUUUCUGAGUGGAAAAAGCGCUUCCCCAAUCAACAAGCCACGCCUUCUUUCUAUUGCAACUACUCGUUGCUUCCGCUUAUUAUAGACGGCGACGUGUAUCAUGUUUAUUUAAUGGACCUCCACGAGUUCAUUAAGGUUGCCGUUUUUCCUAAACAGGAUGGCAACCAUUUCAAGUUUGCCAGUCAUCUCCUAGCCACCUUGAAAAAGUGCUUGGACGACCUUAAAUCUCCAGAUCAACUAUUCAGCAUGACCAGCUAUGACCUCGAAGUGAAAUGUACCAGCUGUUUUGGUAAAGAAGAAAGAAAAUGUUCUCGUCAUCAUGAGAUCCAGUGUCAUUCAGACCGUUGUGGGCACCGCCACUUUUGGAAGCUUAGUGACCUUCAGAGAUUCUACAACGAUAUGCCCCUUACAGUUUGCCGGUCUGACAAACGCUCGUCCAAAGUAUUUGACAUAAAGAGUGUAAAAAUUUGGCUCAGUACUGGUAAGUGGCUAACACUAAAGGCGUUUUUACUUUGCCAAUUUUGAAAUGUUUAGUUGACAUGUAUUUUUUGUAGAAAUGUAUUUUUUAAGUACUGUUUAAAACAUGAGCAGCAGUGUUUUAUCAGAUAUAAAGAUACGAGGCGAAGCCAAGUAUCUUUAGCUUUGAUAAAACACACACUGCGAAUGUUUUAAAUUACUUCAAAACGCUUCUUUGUGUUUUACGCUUUCCGAAAGUCUCGCGACAUGCAUCCCUCGUGCAUGGAUCACGCAAUCCUGCACGGAAAACCAUUCGGUAUUCCUUUAUUGCUGUACCUUCACAGAAUACAAAAUACAGUGCUUCAUUGAAUAGUAAACUGAUAAAUUACUGAAUGGAAACCCGUAUGGAAAUCAAUUCGCGUUGCGCGUACACGGUUAUUUUUAAAAUUUUAAAAAUUUUCAUAUUUUUUUCGUAUAAAAUGACAAAAAUAUUUGAAAAUUUAGUACUUUUUACUAUACAACAAUGAAUUUCCGAAAUGUAUAAUGUAGGUAUGCUAUUUUGCAUUCUGUGAGCUUUGAUUUAAUGUAAAAUUUAAUCUGAAACGCUUCGUUAAAAAAGCGAGAGCCAGUUGCAGGUAAUCCUUUUUAAUAUUUUUAUGUUUCCGUGAAUGUAGUUUUUCUACGCCUGGCAUACUUACGACAUGUGCGCUAUGGUUUGUCGUGGCUCUUAGCGCCUGAUUCCACGGGCGCUUUCUUCGGCGAAAUGAAUUAGGUGCAUGCGCAAUAAAGAUAAUUAGGAUUCGCGAGAAAAAAGCUUCACCAGUGAGUAGAAAGCCCUGAUUCCACGAGCGCUUUUUGUCAGCGAAAUGCGAAAUAUUUCGCCUGUUUCUUUUGAAUUGCGACCACUCGAAUAAAUUAUUUCUACUUGAUUGCUCACAAUUCAAAAGAAACAGGCGAUAUAUUUCGCCGAGAAAAAGCACCCGUGGAAUCAGGCCUGAAGUCAUGCAGUUCUAGUCACUGCGAAAGCGGAAAAAGUGGGAAAAUUGAAUAGAAUCGCUCAUGUACAACCAUCCGUAUUUCGCAGACACAAUUUCUAACGAAGAAUUGUGCCGUCGUGGAAUCCGGCCUUAACAAACUUAAGUUGUCAUUUGUUUCGCCUCUGGUUAUUCCGGCUCUUGCAAUAGUUGGUCAACUACACGUGCCAUCGCAUAGAUGUUUAUUAAGAGGCAAUAGUCUAGAGGCAAAUUAGGAAACAUUUGAAAAUCCUGAAGUUUUUUUUUGAAUGUUUCACUGUUUGUCCAACUUUGGAAACAGUUCACAUGAUUUUUGCCGCGUACUUGAACUGGUACGACUUAAGACUCAAGGUUUUCUUAAACUUCAAAAUGAAGUACAUAUAUAAUAGUUUUGUUUGUGGAAACACCACUCUCUCUCUUUUUAUCGCCAUGCAAACAUACAAAGAACUUAAAGUACAUAUAGUACAGGUUUCUGAAAGGUACUCAUUCAGUAUCCUAAAACUACGGCUUGUUGCCAAGGAAGAAAGUGAAUCUUAUAUAAUGACUAACUAUCAUGUGAUUUUUGCGAUCAAGCAACGCAGACCUCAAACUCAACGCGAAAUCAAAGUCUAUAUCAUAAUUCGCGCAGCCUUAUAUCCCCUAUGUAUAAUUGUUUCAUCCAUUUUUCAAGUGCCUGAUACAGCUAUGGUAGAAGACAACUCGAACUUUGUAUGGCCAAAUGAAACCUCAAGUGAAGCUUUAAGCUCAGGUAAUUGUUUCGUUAGUUUUUCAAGUGCCUGA